UGACAGCCGCUUCAGCUGCGCUCAUUGAGCGCCGGAGAUCCGCUGCGUCUGGUGCUCUGCGCCGAAGCCGAAGACAGAAGACACUUCACGGGAUUGCCUUGAGAGUUUAUUCCAGUUCAGAUCCCUGCAGCUGCUGUUGGAUUGUAUUCUCCGAUCAGCAGCGGUAUAUCAUCAAUCAGCCCUGACAUGGCCAAGAGGAAGAUGGAUAGCAUCGGGCGGAGUGGGAUGAUGGCACUCUUACUGCUGUGUAAUCUAACAAAGAUUUUUGUGAAGGCAAGCCUAGAGGUAAAUGAAACCCAACAGCAGCAUCCAACCAACGUCUACCACGACAUGGGACUUACCAGGAACAAGAUUGUUACAGCACAGUUUGAGUGCUAUCAAAAAAUAAUGAAGGAUGAUACCCAAAGCAGACAAGAGCCCAUGUGCAAUCGCACUUGGGAUGGCUGGCUGUGUUGGGAUGAUACCAAGGCAGGUAUUAAUUCAGAGCAGCACUGCCCCGACUACUUCCAGGAUUUUGAUCCUUCAGAGAUGGUUACAAAGAUUUGCACAGAGAGUGGUCAUUGGUUCCUGCAUCCGGAGAGCAACCGCACAUGGACCAACUACACCCGCUGCAAUGAACACACCAAUGAAGGCCGAGUGACGGCAAUGAAUCUUUUCUACUUAGCUCUCAUAGGACAUGGCCUGUCACUGACCUCUCUCUUCAUCUCCCUUGGAAUAUUUUUCCAUUUCAAGAGUUUAAGUUGCCAAAGGAUCACACUUCACAAAAACCUCUUCUUCUCUUUUGUUCUCAACUCUGUGAUCACAAUCAUUUGGUUGACAGCUGUGGCAAACAACCAGGAGCUGGUGCAGAGGAACCCAACGAGCUGUAAAGUGUCCCAGUUUAUUCAUCUGUACCUGUUUGGCUGCAAUUACUUUUGGAUGCUGUGUGAGGGAAUAUACCUGCACACUCUCAUCGUGGUGGCUGUGUUUGCUGAGAAGCAGCAUCUGAUGUGGUACUAUCUUUUAGGUUGGGGCUUUCCUCUCAUUCCGGCUACUAUACAUGCUGUUGCUCGAAGUUACUACUACAAUGACAACUGUUGGAUUAGCUCCAAAACGUCACUACUCUACAUCAUCCAUGGUCCCAUCUGUGCUGCUCUACUGGUCAAUUUGUUCUUCCUACUGAACAUUGUGCGAGUGCUCAUCACCAAGCUGAAGGUGACCCAUCAAGCCGAGUCCAGUCUCUACAUGAAAGCUGUAAGAGCCACCCUCAUCUUGGUGCCUCUUCUGGGAAUUCAGUAUGUCCUGCUUCCAUACAAGCCAGAGGGACGGGUUUCCUCUGAAAUAUAUGACUACAUCAUGCACAUACUAAUGCAUUACCAGGGUUUGUUGGUGGCCACCAUCUUCUGCUUUUUCAACGGAGAAGUCCAAGCGGUUCUGAGGAGGCACUGGAACCAGUAUCAUAUCCAGUUUGGCAGCAGUGUAGGAAACCACUCUGACGCCCUGCGUUCAGCCUCCUACACGGCCUCAUCAAUCACAGAGGUACAGGGCUGCUACAGCAUCGACAGCCACACAGAACACAUGAACGGCAAGGGCUGCCACGACUCUGACGCCUCGAUCUUAAAGUCAGACAGCCCCUUCGCCUGACGACGACACUCCGUCCAAGCCCCGCCUGCCACUUAAAAACUGCAGCAUGUUUGGCGCUCCGUGGUAAGCAGGGAAACUCAACUCUUCCUAUAGAUACAAUGUUGGAAGUGAUGAGUGAGGAAAAGGAUUUCAUACCCACCUGAAGGAAACCAUCUCCACUCUGUCACGCUGACACAGGCCCUUUAACAGUACUGUACAGUGAGAUCUUUUCCUGCGCUGUCUUUUGUCUACAAUUUGACGCUGAACUGCUCCACUUGACCUAAGAUGCAUUCUGAUAAUCACAAUUAUGGUUGCAAUCUUUCUGCCUGACAAAAUAGUUUUUAAAUGGAUGAAUAUUAACUGCUUGGCUGUCCUUUUGGGGUCAUGUUGUGCACAUAAAGCCUUUGGUUACACUGUAAAUUCUUUUCACAUGGUUAGUGCCAAACCAGGAAAUCCUUGCCUGCCUCAUUAAUUUUUUUUAAAUUUUCGAUACAGAAUGAGAACGAAGAUAGGACAUCUAACAUGUGCGUAAUAAUAUAUUAAAGCUAUAUUAUAUCUUUCACGUUAAACUUAAUUUAUCUGAACGUAUUCUUGUUUAUUAAAUGAAAUUAAAUAAAUACCAUACAGUAUUUAUUAAUGUUGACAUGCUACAUUUUUUUCAAAAUUAGUCAAAUAUGACUUGUUGCCAUGUAAACUUUCAAUGUAUUUCCUGUUUGUUGCAGUGUUUGUUUCUAUGUGUGCAGUUAAUGCAGAUGAUUUACGGAGUCAUAUCAUUAGCGUCAUUGUUAGAGAUUUCAUCAUGCUAAUGUUUGAGCGUGUUUAAGUGAUCCUUAGUGACCUGUGCAUCCUGUAAACCACAUGGUAGGUUGUAUUGUAGCUUGUUGACACAAUAUUAUCACCGAGAAGCCAUCAUGAAAUCGCAUGUACUCCGAUAUCUACUCAUUACACUUGAAUGUAACCGUGAAGUUUGAAGACCUGGCUCUGAGCAUACUGUAUGUAUCACAUUCCCAUUCACUGCUGUCUUUAGCCUUACUCCUCUCAGAUGACUUUGAUAUAACCAUGACAUAAGUGUUACCAGGUGUUCAGACCGAAAACAGCGCUGUGUUAAAAAUGCAGAGGGCUAACAGUGGGACGAUGAAAAAUGAUCCAGGAGGGCCAGUCUGACUUACAUAUCAGUGACUUUUAAAGGAUAGGUUAGAAUUUUCCAAGUCCAUUUUACAGUACUAAAAUACAGUACUGAUUCCUUGUUUUUGCACGAGUCGUGAAUUAUUCUUUUCAUAGUGCAACUACAUUGUUGGAAAUGGGGGACGAAAUCCACAGUCCUUGUUCAGUGUUCUAAAGUUCAGCCGAAGCUAGUCUGACUCAGUGGGUGUAGACUGUGGCUGUAAACCUGCCACUGGCUGACUAUUUAGGCCGGCAUACUCCUUCCCUUACUCUAUCUGCAUGUUGAUGUCUUCAGAAUCCCCCUUGCUACGGGAAACAACAAUAACGUCUAACCGAGCUAACCAUCCACACCCUGAAAAUUAGUUUUGACGAUGAUAUGGAUCAUACUGUAAGGCACGCCUACUUCCUGUCUGUGGAUUGUUGUAAAGAUCUAGAAAUGUGAAUGCAUGUCGGAAAAGCACAGAUAUCAUCUUACAGGACUUUGAUGCAUGAUGUUGAGCCAUUUUCUGACCAAUUUAAAGAUUUGUUCUGAUUCACACAAGUUCUGUCAUAACAAUGUUCUGCAAGAGCCACAUAUAGUUAGCAAAUUGUCUGUGGUUAUAACACGUCCUUCGUUAUAAUAAUAGGCGCCCCCCAAAAAGUAUAGUAAGGCUUAACCUCUAGGGCAACGAUUAUCUAAUUAUGUUUGUCUCUUCUAUCAGUAAAAGCUGAAUCACAAUCUACAUACAACCUUUAGUGUUUUUGUGGCUUUUAAUACAAAGUUUUGUAAUCAAAAGGCCAUGACUUCACAAGAUAACCACUACAGCCUAUUUGGCUAACUGGGACAACUGAGUCAUUCGCUCAUGGCUGAGAUUCAUUCCCUAUCUUGUAAAGUCUAGUUGUGCUACAAAGUUGCUUCACAGCUGGUAUAGAAAGAAGGAACAAUUACAAGACCAAUGGCUCUUUCAACAUACAUAUGGCAUGUGAGAAUUGUUUUGCAGACUUGAAAAAAAUCCGAACCCAUCCCUCAAAGCUCAUCAGACACUAAGACAAUAGGGAACUAUGACACUAUGAGGAAAUAUUCUACAGCUUUGAAAAGUUUUGGUGGAAGUCAUGUUGUGUUGCGGCAAAAGUUGAGUUUAACUUGUUUGCACAAUGACUCUCCUUUUUUUGCGACUAAGCAGUGACCUUAUUUGAAUGGAUGAAGGAGAUGCAUUUUUUCACACAGUGCUAAUGUCAGUCUGAACACAGCCUUAUUCAGAAGUGAUGAUAUUAUCACAAAAGAAGCUGUGCAAAAAAAUACUGCAAAAAAAAAAAAACA